GAAGGCACACAUGGUGCGUACUGUCCGAGGGACCGAUCAAAAUGCUGCGUCGAAAGCUUCGUAGAGAGCAUCACCAGAGUUCGUGUUCAUCCAGUAAUGUGGAAAAGACUUUUUGUAAGAGACAAGUAUUGGGAAUAUCAAAUAAAAGGAAGGAUGCGGAAGAGGAAGUUCUUGAAACACUCGUCCUAGGAAAACCAGAUGAAGUGAUAAAAAACCUUGAUAUUAGGAAAGGGAAGAAUAACAUAGACACAGAAGAUUGUGAUUUAGAAGUUGAACCUCCCAAGAAAAAAGAGAAGAAACCAGUGUGGGAAGAUGAGGAUGAUAAUGUUGGAAGUGUUCAACUGACCAAAGCAAAGAAAUUUGAUGGCGUGAAGCAAGGAGAAGAGUGCAGAAUAGGCAAAGAUCAGUACACAGUUCGCCUGAAGUCAAAGUUUGAAAAAGUGUCUGCCAAUCCAAACUGGUCAAAAUUUAGAGCUGAUGAAGCGAGACGGACUGGAUCAGAUGAUGACAGCGAUGUUGAGGAGAUGAUGACUAGGACUGGUAACUUCCUCACUACCACCAAGUCUCUACCUAAAGGUUUCAUACAGAUAAAACAGUGUCCUAAUGCAAACAGGGACUCCCCUCCACAGGGGAAACUUUAUGCUGUCAAGUUUCAUCCAUCGGCUCAAGUGAUGCUGACAGCAGGUUCAAACCAAACCCUGAGUUUAUUCCAGGUAGAUGGCAAAAACAAUCCUAAGAUCCAGAGUGUCUUCCUUGACAACUUUCCUAUCUUCUCUGCACACUUCACCCCUGAUGGCCGCGAAGUGGUGCUCAGCUCGAAACACCAGAGUUUUGUGUACUAUGACAUGAUUGCUGGCAAAGUGGUUAAAGUACCAAAAAUAAAAGGAUUGGGACAAUCAAGGAUGAAGAAUUUUGUGAUGUCGCCAGAUGGUUCUUAUCUCGUUUUUCUUGGAUCUUACGGUUCCAUGCACCUAAUUUCUGCGAAGUCUAAAGAAUGGAUACAGGACCUGAAGAUGAAUGGGAGUGUGGAGUCAGUGGCAUUCUCCAGGGAUGGAACAACUAUGUACUCUCAUGGCGAUGAUGGUGAGGUAUAUAUUUGGGACAUGAAUACACGGGACUGUGUACACCACUUUACUGAUGAUGGCUGUACGAAGGGUACCAGUUUGGCUGCUUCUCCUAAUGGCCAGUACCUUGCUUGUGGGUCGUACAGUGGAGUGGUAAACAUAUACGAGACCAAGACCUGCAGAACAUCUAGAUCACCAAAACCCUUAAAAGCACUGAUGAACCUGACAACACCAUGUACAGAUGCCAUCUUUCAUCCAUCAUCAGAAGUGCUGGCAUUAUCUUCAAACUUCACAGAAAAGGCUGUUAAAUUGACUCACCUUCCAUCUAUGACUGUGUUUUCCAACUAUCCUGAUCGUCUGGAUAAUGAGUUACGUGUGCCGCGGUCAAUGGACUUUUCACCUAAUGGUGGCUACUUUACUGUAGGCACUAAUAAAGGCAGCGCCCUGUUAUACAGAUUGAAGCACUAUGGUAAUUACUGAGGACGGAGUAUGCAAUUUUGUAAAUAAAGUAUAAGAGAAAACUG